CCGAGCUCGAGCAGCAGAGCCCGACAUAUUCUGAACAUCUUCCAAAUGUUGAGCCCGAGUCGUGAAGUGCGGCUCUUGAGGGGGGCGAGGUUGAAAGGGAGGGAGACGACGAGGGAGGAAACCGGCAGCGUCCACACUGAUCUUCACCUCUGAAGGCAUCCCGACGUCUACUUUGACUCCAGCCGGGCGAUUCAAGAAGAAUCAACCAGGAUGGCGACAGUCAGGAUGAUCGUAUUCAGCGUUCUGCUCACAACAGCUCUUUCCGUCCCUGUAAAAGUCGAAGAGGAAUCCAUGACUUUGUUCCACGGGGAGGACUUCCACAUCUUGCUGCCCUCACUCACACUGGAGGUCACGUUUAAAAGCAGAUCUGCUCCGCGGUCCGGCGAUGUUGACCUGAUGCGAGGAGGCAGCGUGGUCAACAGCCGGGCCAAACUCAACCGCCACCUCAGCCACCUCAUUAUAGACGCUGUAGGUGAGGGAGACGAGGGCGUGUACACAGUGAAGAAUCCAGAGCAGCCAGAAAACAUCAGACGCAUCAGUCUCAUUGUGCGAGAUUGCUCCAACGAGCAGAUCAUUAAAUAUGGAGAAAACUAUGAUAUACCUUUGAUGGGGGUGACUCCACCCAUCACGCUGGAAUACAGGCCCAUUUUUGUGGAGGCAAACCAGACAUCGAGACCUGCUACGGUGCUUUUGACCAGCACGGGCUUGUCCAGGGAAGGCUAUGCAGGUCGAAUCAGCGUCAGGGAACGCCAAGUCACCCUCAGCGCCGUCACAGGUGCAGACGAGGGCAGUUACACGGUCAGGGAUGCCAAAGGUGAUAUCCAAAGGAAAGUGUGUCUUAAUGUCCGAGAGCACCAGACUUUUGUGACUCUACCGUACGGUAAAAGACUUAAAAUCAACCUGAUCCUCAACAGCACUUUGCUCCAACUCUACUACACGCUGAACAGAGACUCCAUCCCUCAUCUACUGCUGGAUAAAGGAGAAUUCACAAGUGCCCGCGAGGACUUGGGAUUGGCGGAUCGUCUGUCUAUGGAGGGUUCACUGCUUUUUCUGGAUCAGGUCACGCCUGCAGAUGAGGGCCUGUUCGAGAUUAAAGACAUACUGGAGUUUGUUGUGGCCAAGACCCACCUGGAGGUAGAACCCUAUAAGCUGGAGUCCCUGUAUGUGGCCAUCAUCGCCCUGUUGGGCGUGCUGGUUUUCCUGCUGCUGGUCUGUCUGCUGUCCUGCUUGAUCAAAGUGAAGAAGAGGGCCAAGAGGGCUGCAGCCCUGGAGAAGAUAGCUCAAAAUGCUGGCAAAGAGGAUGAGGGAGAGGCCUUCAGACAGGUGGUGAAGAACAUCACCAAACUCAGUGAGGACUCCAAACAUUCCCAAGCAGACAACACAGAGAAAUCUCAGAGCACAGAAGUGGACAUUAAAGGUCUGGAGGUUUCCUCUAAAGAGGUUGGGAUCGGAAACCUUGAGACCAGUGACUCUGGUGUUGGCUUUAACACCGCCCUUCCACUGGACACUGACACUGACGCCCCCGAUCCAACUUCAGAGUCUGUGGCUGUAACCAUCUCUACCGCCCCUGAAAUCAAACAAAGUCCACCAUCUGCUGCUGAGUCCAAGCCUAGCGAUCCACCAGCUUUGGAAAUCAAGUCCAGUCCUGUUGCUGAAACUAAGACCUCCCCUGCACCCGAGACCAAGAAAACAUCUGAUCCACCAGUGGAAGCAAAGUUGGACCUGCCCGAAACAACAGAAGUUAAGCUUAGCCCAACCCCAAGCCCUGAGCCAAAGGCUGGUCUGAGUCCAGCUGAUCCAAAACCAACCCCAAGCCCUGAGCCAAAGGUUAGUCUAAGUCCAGCUGAUCCAAAACCGACCCCAAGCCCCGAGCCAAAGGUUAGUCUAAGUCCAGCUGAUCCAAAACCGACCCCAAGCCCCGAGCCAAAGGCCGCUCUCAGUCCAGCUGAUCCAAAGCCUGCACCAACCCCGAGUCCAGAGCCUAAACCAGCGACUCCCAAAGCCACUACGCCAACACCUGAAACUAAGAGUGCCCUGACUCCAACACCUGAACCCAAGAAUGCCCUGACUCCCCCCACACCUGAACCCCCCAAACCUACCACACCAGAGCCCAUUACCAACGGUACGCCUGAGCCCAGCCUGGAUUCCAAAUCGAGCCCGGAUCAUGCUGAUAUUAUCAGCAGCUCAGCUUCAAAAGCAGCCCCCCCAAAAACCCCUGAGGUGUAGCUGAAAUCUAGCAGUGCCGCACUGGAGACCAGCAUAGAGGGCACUGUGGCUGAGGAUUCAACCACCACCACUACCACCACCUGAGACCUGCCCCUGCAAAAAAUCCAAGGGAAGCCCCAGAUUUUCUCCAUCCUUCACCACUGUAGACAAUCGAACACCCCAACCAAAUCAUGAAGAAACCACUGAAACUGGGGCCAGGACUCUGUUUUAUCAUGCCUGAACACAAUAUUACAGUGAUUAUAAUAUUUCACUUAUCUUUACUAAUACAAACUUUUUGGACUUAAUGAAACUGAAAAACUUCACACAACAAAUGCGGCUUGUUGAUUGUUAAACAUUUAAAUUGUAGGCACCUCGUAGCCUCAUUUUUUGGUAACUUAUGUGUAAAACUGUCAGACUGCGAAUGAAAUCUUUGCAGAGUUUACAAUUAAAUUACUAACUCCACGUAAGGUUUUUUUAACAGAAUAGUUAGCCAGUAAAAAAGGUUUACAGCAUUUCAACACGAAGAUACUUGUACUAAUUGCCAGAAUACUUAUCUAACCACUUCACUAAUAGCUCGUUACCUUAUAGCAAUUAGUACCAAACAAACUGCAUGAGAUUCCCAGCCAAUGUCAUUUCAUACCUUCUCAUAUUUAACUGCAAAUGAUGCCACAAAAAGACACUCUAUUGAGGGCAUUUGUACAUAUUAUUUGGUAUAUGGAUGUUAUACAAUUGUUCUCAACAAUACUUGGACACAUAAAGGAAAAUCUUUUGUUUUUCUGAUCCGUAACCAUACAGAUGCUAACCCCUCUAUUUAUAGUCUCAGAGUUAAGAUUCAGGCUCCCUGCGGAUACCUCGCAUGAUUAAAAUGUGUUUAUCAAACCAAUCCUUUAACUCGGGAUUAACCACUUUACCGUCUUUGAUCUGAAUUUUCCGGAGGCUCUAAAACAAUCCCAUUACCCCUACAGUUUGAGGAGAUGGGGGGGCUCAUGCUAGCUGCAACUCCAGGCACUUAACAGGACCACCAUUGUGCCAUUGUAAGAUGGGCUUUUUAUAAGUCAUAUACUGAAUGAAAAGUAUCUAAAAAGUUAAAGUCUUCACAACAAACAUGCAGGUUUAGUCUGUCAUUUAUUCCCUGAGUGCACCCUAUCUCCUUCCUACAUUAUUUCCUUUCCCUUAUAUGCCAUCAUUUUAACUACUUGCAUACUAAUUGCAUGGCCUUUGAUAGAUAUUUGAAAUCAUGGCAUAGUGUUUGCUCCAGUUAACAAUGUCAGCGACUAGUUCUUGUGCCAUUGGCCUACUAAAUUGAGUAAAAAGCAAAAAAUAUAUAUGUCAUGCAUGUUUAAUUGCUCCAAAUUGCUCCUAUGAGGCCUUUAGGUGUGCAGGAGGAGGUGUGCAGAUACAAUAUUGAGUUGGAAAUUGCACAUCUCAACCUCAUGUUUUAAGUGACUGACAUGAAAAACAAUGACAGCCCAUGCAUGGAGCACUAAAGACAACAAAAAAACAAAAACAUUUGAAUUUGUGAAUGAAGCACACGAUGAAAGCCAUGGAAAUUCAAUCAGGUAAUCAUUGAAAUAUAGGAAAAUAGUAUAAAAAAAUAAAAUAAAUAACUGGACUAUCUAGGUAGCUGUCUUUCUUAUCAGAUGUUCUUAUUAGUAGGUGCAAAUCAGGCAGAAUUUAUAAAAAGCCAUAUGACUACAUAGAUUUAGAUGUAAUGAUUUGAUUUAAAGAUUGAUUGAUACAGUAUAAAAACAAACCAAAAAGGCAAACCCAUCAAGGCGCCAUGAUCCUAAAUGAACAAGAAAUAUUAGACGUGUUAACCCUGUACAAAGUCAUUCUGAUGUAAAAACACUGAAUAUGCCUCAUUUGUUGUCUGGAUCUGUGAAGGAAACACAAACCAGUUUUAACAGUACUAAAAACCAUUUCAAUCCACACAGACACACACAUUCCAGCCUUGUAAAUAUUGCAUGUGUGCACCAGUUUAACCCCUUAAAGGCUGAAUGUUUUUAGUGUACAGGAUGGUGGUUGUAUUAUACGUAAUAAUAGAGAAGAAAAAAAAACGUAAUUUCUCACCAACCUUAAAUGCAGAAUAUAAAAUAUAUAUAUAUAUAAUAUAUACCAUAAACACUAAUAUUCACUCAUGUCUUGAACUAAUUUAAAAACCAAAUAUUGUAAAAAUCCGUCCAGAUGAGAUCUUUUUUUAGAUCAGUUAUCUGUCAUUCAAACAUGAUGAUACUCACAGCAUACAGCUUCUCUCACGGUAUUUACAUGUUCUAUUAAAUGUUUAACCUACGUCACUUAAAGCAUGCUCAUCUCAUGUGCUGAAAAAACAAGCUUUUAUUGUCCUACAGCUGCGCGCGUGUGUGACUUGGGGAGUGAUGUUUUUUAAUGUCGCCAUCAUGUACACGUAUGAAAGAGUGUGAAUGAUUUAUGAUUGUGAUUCAUGUGUGUCGGUGAUGUGUGCCGAGUUUAUUCAUAGACACUUUGUACAGAGUGAAACAAUGUGUGCUUCUUCCUCGUCUGUUGUGAGUAAGGUAUUCAUGUGCCUGCUUAACUUGUCCUGCAAUGUCAAGAAAAAACGUGUUCACGUCAUGAGUGUGAAUGUGUUUAAAGCCACAACAUACUGUAAAAGAUAUUGUAACUUUGAGAUUUCUGAGUGACUCUUGUCUAUCUGUUUAGUGCCUAAACCCUGUUUUGGAUAGUUGGCCUAUAUUCUGUAAUGAUCCAACACUCCUUAUUGCACCUUUUACUUGAUAUUUAUGGUAUUCAGUGAUGUAGAAAACUGUUUGCAUACAUGACUGAACAAAGUAGAACCACUGACAGGUCUAUGGUAUGUUAAAGUGUAGGAGAUAUGUGAUGCAUUUUCUACAGGUGAUGCAAGUCUGAGUAGCAGAAGAGAAGAUGAGUUUGCUCUGUGUGUAGGUGAGGGUGUUUCUUCAUUUCAUUGAUCAUUGUUGCACAGUUUUAAGGACGUGAUUGAAUUUGGUUGAUAGCAGCAGAUGAAUGAGAAGCUCUGUGUGGUUAACCCUCAGGCUUAUGUUGAGAGACUGCUAAAAACAGCAUUUUCAGGCACCACUUCUUAUGUAUUCUGUAAGUGAUUGUAAAACCACGCCGCUCAGAGUGGAAAUGGAUGAGAAAGAGGCAGACAGAGUGUAGUUUUUGGUUAACCAGCAUUUCAAAGACGGCUCAGUCUAGUGGGAUUUCAAAUUGUAACAUCAAGUAAAACAUCAGUCUGGGUUUCUGGUUUGAUACCCACUUUUGGAAACCCUCAAAUAGAAACCAUUAAUUGUAUUACCACUGGCAUUCUCUGCACUAUGUGAGUAUAGUCUCUGCCCUUAUCUCUCUGUUUACUUCUGCUGUCCUGGCCUGGGUGUGGUGUGACAUCCCACCUGUUCUCUCUGUACUCCCUUUUUGCACAACUUCACACUGAUGUUUUGUAAAGAAAAUACUUUGUUUCCUUAUUUCAUGUCUAAAGGAAUACUAAGAAUAAUCAAGCUAUUACGACA